AUGCUGGGGAGACAGGUCCUGCUGCUGCUCGCAGGGCUUGCAGGCACUGCAGGGCAGGGGCAGGAGUGGGACCUGGGUGCGAGGGAUGCCUCGGUCAUCACUGUGUCCAACGGGGGACCCUGGGGAGACUGGGCCUGGCCGGAGACGUGCCCCAAGGGCUCCUACGCCAGCGGCGUCAGCUUCAAGGUAGAGGCGCCCCAGGGGGUGAUGGAGGAUGACACGGCGCUCAACGGAAUUCGGCUGCACUGCUCCCAUGGCGGGGAUUCCAGUGGCGACUACACAGCCAAGUGGGGCCGCUGGUCGGAGGCCCACUGGUGCCCCCACCGAGGGCGCCUGGUGGGCUUCGCACUGCGGGUCCAGGCACCCCAGCGCGGGCUCCUGAGUGAUGAAGUGGCUGCCACCAGUGCCCGCCUCGCCUGCUCUGAUGGACAUGUCCUGGAGGGGCCAGGGUCCGCCUGGGGCCAGUGGGGCAACUGGAGCCCCCAGUGCCCCAGGGCGGUGUGCAGCAUCCAGACACGGCAGGAUCCUGCACGGGGGCUGAAGAGGGAUGACACGGCCCUGAAUGAUCUGUGUCUCUUCUGCUGCCUGUAA